AUGGCCUUGUCAAAUUCUUCCUUGAAGGUCAACAGAGAGCUGUUGGACCCCAACUUCGAAAGUUACAGGUUAUCUCUGGACGCCAUAGCAACGUACAACAUUGAGCUGGAUGCUGCUGUGGAGGAAGUGAAGUUGAAAGAUACUCAGUACACCCUGGAACAUGUGCGGGCUUUCGGCAUGUACAAUUACCUCCACCUAGACCCUUGGUAUGAAGACAGUGUUUUAUUUGUGGAUUGCAAAGGAAGGGUUCUCAGUCUCACCGUCACCCUGGACACCGCCCUGUGUAAGCCAAGAGAGGUGUACCGUAUAAGCCCUGACUCCAGCCGGUGUGAGGAUCGUCUUUGUGCGUCCCUCAGCUUCACCUCAGCAACCUGGGCGGCACUCUCUGAUGGUGCCGGUCAACUGCAACUUCUCCGAACCGGCAAGAGAGGAGGCAGUUCGCUUAUGAAGUGGGAACCACUGUUUAGUGAAGAAAUGGAGGAGCCUUUCACCAUCCUCCACAGCAUCUCCCAUGUCCAGGAUGGAGUCCACACCAUGGAGGUGCUGCUGCUCCGCAUCCAGAAAGACCCACAGGAAACUAAAGGGAGUGGUUACUCAGUGUCUCUUGAGUGGAUCACAGUCGCCAACGCUGCAGGACAUGGUCAGGAGAAGAAGUAUGAGGUGAAGAAGAGGAGGAUCCUCAGGGGGAAGUCGGUGCCUCACUAUGCAGCGGUGGAGCCACAAGGGAAGGGGUUAAUGGUGGCCUCGGAGAAACCGUUUGCCUUCACACAUGUGGACGGGCGUCCUGUGGAGCUAACUGACCCAGAGCCAAUGGAGGUGGAGAAGACAGAUCCGAUUUACUUCUGGCAGCAGACAGCGGAGGACAUCACAAUGUGUAUGCGCAUGCCUGAGGGUGUCACCAAAGAGGAGGUGCAGUUCAGGCUGACGGCAGACAACAUCAGGCUUGGAGUUCAGGGUUUCCCUCCUUUACUGGAGGGCCAGCUGUUUGCAUCUGUAGACCCAGAGGCCAGCGCCUGGAUCAUCAAAAAUGACAAAAGCCUGGAGGUGACCCUGCAGAAGCGCACUGAGGGGCCGAUGUGGUCGGAGCUGGUAAUAGGUGACAAGAGAGGGGAGAACGUGAUGAGCGACGAGCAAGCUGCCCUCAUCCACGAGAGACUGACAUUUCUCACAUCUGAGGACUUGAAUGGAAACCCUGACAGGGAUAAGCCCCCGUGUAACUCUCAGGAGCUGGAGGACUGUGAUGGGUUCCCAGAAGACAGCUCCAGCCUUACACACUUUGAUGGAGAAUCACUCAAGCCCACUCAGGUGGUGAAUCUAGGCAGCCAUCAGUACCUGUUCACAGUUGAUGGGAACCCCUCUGAAAUGCCAUGCUUCUGCCUCAGACAUGAUGUGGACGCGUUGGUGUGGCAGCCUCGUCCCGACCAACCCAGUAACAUGUGGGAGCACAUUGCCACGUUCAACGCCUUAGGCUACGUCCAGGCAUCCAAGCGGGAUAAGAAGUUUGCGACAUGCGCUCCAGACUUCUCCUACGCUUCACUGUGCGAAUGUCUCCGCCGAAUAUUCAUCUACCGACAGCCGUCGCCGGUGGAAACUGUCCUCUUCAACAGAAAGCAGGGCCGUCAGGUAGGACAAGUUGCCAAGCAACAAGUGGCCAGCCUAGACUGUGAUAAACCAAUCCUGGGCUUCAGAGCAACCAAUGAGAGACUGUACAUCCUGACCUCCAGUAACCUCUUUGUUCUAAAGGUCAAUAAUAAUUAGAUUUGGGACUCUGUUCAGUUUUAGGUUUCCCCCCCCCGCAAUCAUUCCAAAAUGAAGAUCUGUUAUCUGCUACAACUAAACAAAUCUUCCUCAUGUGUAAAUUUGUGUGGUCUGUACUGAAUGCUUGUGUCCAUGUCUCACCUCCCACAAGAAAAUUCUGUGUUGCAAAAUGUCAAUAAGACCAAAAAGUAAGAAACCAUGUUCUGAAAGACAAAUUAUUAUAAUAACUAAAUAAAAACAAAACUAGAACUGAAUGCUUCCAGGGUAUUCAUUAAGAAAUUAAAUGAACACAAUUUCUCUGCACGGUUUUAAUUCAAUAAUUGUCAAGGGAAUCACUUUUGAUGAUACUGGAUGUUUCAUAUAUGUGGUGCCUUGUUAAUGCUCACUGCAUUGUUAGACAUUUGUGAUGCCAUGAAUUCCACUUCAUAAAUACAAUUUUAAAC